GUUUUCACAAACUGCAGGUGGUCGGUGAUAGGUUUUUUUUCGAGAACAAGUAGAAUCGUCAAAGCCCUCUGCUUGCUCCUCUAAGUCACUACAACUAAAUGGCGUUAUCUCCAUCUUGAGAAGCUGUAAACGCAAAGCUUAUUACAACACUCCCUUGCUUUCCCAGAAAAGAUGAGGCGUCCACAAUACGUUUUUUCUGCCGUCAGGUCUGCUCUAGGACAGCAGCAACGCGAUGCACCAGAGCAGCAGAGCGAUCGGUCUGCUUUUUACAACUCAACGCCAAGUAGUUGCAGACGGUUCUUUCCACCAAGUAGUCAACGGGUAGUGCUUUGUGAAGAACAAAAGUCCUCAUCUUCGUCUUCGGAGAACAGAAAACUGACUCUAGACCAGCAAUGGCGUUUGAAGCCUGCAGCAGAACGGACCAAUGCGGAUUACUAUUGCGCGACGCAGAAAAAUUGGUCCAGACAGUGGGAUGAGGAUUGGGAUGCGAGACACCCAGUCAACUGCGGUCAGCCACCUGAGGAGAUCAGGGCAGUGUACUUUUUAACAUCAUCUGUCGUGACUUGAUGUCGUGCAUGAUGGCUUUUUGAACGUGGUGUAGUCUAUAGCCAAUUUUUUACGCCAAUCUGCCAGAUCUGAUCGAUAACUUUUGAACCUCACACUUUCUCAACUACAACUACAUGCCACAGGCUUGAACUUCUUUCUUAUCAAAUCAGGAUGAAGUCUCGGCCUCAAGUGAUUCGGCACAUAUACUUGGUGAGACAUGGACAGUACGAACUGGAUUCUGACGAAGAGGGCCUCACAGAGCUAGGUCGACACCAGGCACGCAAGACGGGUCGACGCUUGCGACAAAUGGCAGAUGGAUUGAAAAUUAUGCUCACAGGACUUAGAUACUUCUGGUUUUGUUAAUAGUUUUUUUACGCCGUCGACGACCAUUUUGGUUGUUUGUUGUGGUCAACAUGAAUCAAUCUCUUUGCCAUUUGCAGUUCGUAUUAAUUUGCUUUCUUUUCGAUCUGUUGAUGCGCAGCUUUGGUGCUUUCAUUCUCCCCUAGACUCCUGCCCUCUCUCUCCCUUUUUUCUUCUAAUUUCCAAGACCACUAUGGGGAAAUCAAAAUUAAUUGGAAGAAAGUCACAUCCUCAGCACUACUUCGAGCAAAGCAAACCGCAGAUAUAUUAGCCGAGGAGCUGGGCACGACUGUCGCUGAAUAUGAUCCCCUACUGAACGAAGGUCGCCCAUGCAUCAUGCAUCCUGGAAACGGAGUGGACCUUGACUCGGCAAAAUUGGCGAAGCUAGGUGCUUAGUUUUUUUCUUGGUGUUGACUAGUAGGAUGUGUAAGACUUUGCAAGCAGUGAGGCCCGGCAGACGGAGUUGAAAAAGAUGGACGCGUUGCAGCUGUGCUGUGAUGCAGCGGAGCGCCGCUAAAUGUGUGACGCUCCCGGGUGUGAAAGGUCCCCCCGCGUGUUUGUAUGCGCCCAGGGUUGUCGGGUUUUCAUUGCCGUCGGCGUCUUCUUGGCGUUAUAGCGAGGCAGCGCAGGCGGACCGGGUGGGCCGGGAAAUGGCCUCGCCCCAGGGCCGAAGGCCUCCGGCUUGGUGUAAGUAGCCUAAUGGGCCCACUUCGCGCAGCCCCCGGGUGCUAGUCGUCGCGCGCUCGCUGACGUUUACCGACUGCCAGGCCGUGGAAUUGAUUCGAUCGCCGUAGAGGCGGCCCGCCUCGCUAGUGGUCGCGCGUUCGCUGACGUCUGCAAACAACCAAACGCCGGCAGGCGGAUCAGUCUCAAUCUGCAGCAUGCAGGGAGGGGGCCACUGCCUCUCCAUUGUGGCGCUUGUUUGUCGUCAUGACUGGCCCACUUUCUGGACUUUUAGCAACAAACUCGCAACGGGCUGAGGCUUGGAGUCAGUCCCACAGAUGGGGCACCGCCUGGCUUGACGGAGUGCGAGGCGACCGCCCACAACGCAGCAGCUAAGCAGCGUGGAGCUGCAGCGAAGGGCCACUUGACUACGGUGCGGCCCUGCGUGAGUUGCUAGAUUACACUAUGAAGCCCAGGGCGCGCGUCUUGCCUUGGUGUGUCGCGGUGGUGAUGCAUGGAACUUGGAGGAUCGUCCCCGCCACUUUUGACGCGCAGCAGUCUAUGGCGAAGCGGCUCCCCUCGUCAAUUUUUAUCACUAUCACACACGCCGCUGCUGGGGCUUUGUUCCUCAGCACUGGGUCCGGACAGGCCGGCGCUGAAAACAAACGGCACUCGGUCCGGACAAGCCGGCGCGCGGUACGAUCUUGCCCAGCAUCUGGAUUGCCUCACCUACGCCCCUGCGCUCAUUCAAGCGCAAUAAACUUCGCGCGGAUGCAACGAACGACAACGACGCUCGUCCCGGCGCUCCAACCAUGCUAAUUCGGCGACUUAUACAAAAUCACGCUCACACGCGCCCGACUAUCUGUGGCAAGUAGGUGCGCUAGAGAACGAGCUCUCGGCAGGGCCCGCGGUAGGUUCACUCGAAGACCACUAGAGAGCCCCGCGCCUGUCCUACAUUUUUGAAGUUCCUUCUGCUGGCCUCGAGCGCACGCGUUUGAAAGCCUUCGGCUUGCUCGUUCGUUGUAUUCAGACAAAGAACGCACGGCCGCCAACUGGAGAAAAUGCGGCGGGUGGCAGGAAGCUGAACCAGCUCGGUCCAGUUGAUUUCGAACGUCGGAGACGGGUUCGACGACGUGGCCGCGCACUCCUCUGCCCCCAUUGAGGUCGGCACUGGCCCGCGUUCUGAAUAUUGGGGGCGUCUUGGUGAACACGUUGCACGUGUCGGCACGUAAUCAACCGCAGAGCUCCGCGACGGGCUUACGCCUACGCACCUCGUCAAAGGUCGCGGCGCGUGGGUGCGCGCUGAGGUCUUGCGAGUCAGUGCUCUGCAUGGCGUAGAGCAAUUACCUGGCUACUGAGACGCUGCAUCCGCCACGGGUGGGCUGGCUUUCUACUCAUUGCGCAGGACGGCGUCGCCGCCGGGGCUGCCCAGCUAUGAACGCAAAAAGCUGCUAAUGAACCAGGUGGCGCCCUACAUUACUGACGGGCGCAGCGCAUGGGUGACAACUGUGAGGGCGCCGCCGUCCUUUUCUUUGGAAAGAGUUGCAGCGCUUCACCUGUAUCUCUGGAGGAGUAACUGCCCGGGGAUUUUUCUUGCACUACGCGCACCUCCACGAGAGCACGGACGCGAAGGCGGCCGGCAGAACAGUGGCGCAUCUGCGUCAACUGGGAGUAUGGUGGCCUACCAUUUGGCCGGACUGCGCUAAGUAAGUUAUGGCCUGGAGAAUCCGGAGGGGGAGUAGGUCGUGCCAAGGCCUCCACUUCGGUCGGCAUUGCUGAGGUAAUCAGGCUGGGGGGAGCGGGUGGGGUGAAUAGUGUGGGGGCCAGUAGCUGGCUACUGUCUCUGAUGGCUGGCGUGUGAGGGGCCUCAGUCGGUGGGCUGUCUCUUAGUCUCCCUUCUCUCAUUUCUACCCCUCUCCAAUCCAGGAACGGAUCCCCCGCGAAUCGAGUCAGCAUUUCGGAAAUACGUCCAUCGCAAAGAAAAUUGGAAGAAAGUCAACAGUAACAGAGAGGCUGUCUCCGAAGCUUACUCUGGUGCAGACAAGGACGGCGGAACCGGAGGCAGUGCAGCGGGGUACUAGCUAAGUUGUAGCUUAAAGUUAAACGUGCGUCGAAAGCCUUCUAUUCUUCUAGAACUAGAAGUGUACUUAGUUAGACCAAAUUACGCAUAGAAGAGGAGAACUUCAUCAGGACUAUCCUCGUGAUCCAGCGGCUUUCUUUGAUGUAACUUUCCAUCAGUAAUUCACCAGCACCCUUACAAUACCAAAACCAAAUCCUUUAUCACGCUUGAAAGAACAAAACAGCGACCAGGCCAAAGAAAAAAAGGAACCGAAGCACGAAUAUGAGGUGAUUGUUUGCCACAUGAAUGUGAUAUUAUGGCUUACGAUAACUUCCUCUCACUUCAUCUUUUCUUCAGACCAGAGUCAAAAAUGAUUUCCAACUCCUACGUACACGUACACAACCCUGUAGAUCUGGUCUCUACAUUUAAUAUACAACUUGAGUAUGGAGAAACACCAAAAUUUACAACGACCACCUCUAUGUAUUCCACUGCCAAGAAGGACCUCCACAUUGUCCUCUAAUACAUCGCUAUUUCGUUUGUCGAGCGUUGCAGGUGCCUCCAGAGGCCUGGUUGCGAUUUCGAGGAGAUAAUUGCGGACUCACGGAGAUCAUCGUCUAUGACGAUGGAAGAGUUUCUCUCGGCCGCUUUGCAGAUCAAGGCCAUUUGACAAUUGAGGAAACGACGUUUCACUGAACAACUUCGUCGACGAUUGAGGAAACGACGUUCUUUCACUGAACUUCCUCGUUGGGAGAGUAUCAGAAGAUUGAGGAAACGACGUUUCACUGAGCGUUCUUGGGCUUGGGAAAGUUGCUGUUGAAGUAGCGGCGGGGUCUUGGGUGAAGAUGAAUUGGGAUGCAAUUGGAUAGAAGUGGGGAGGUCUCUCCUAGAAAACCUCGACUAGGCUUUCAUCUUAGGUAGUAAGGGUAGGUGAUUAAAAUUCACUUGUCGUAUGCAGCAAUCAAAGUAUUGCGAUCAAUUAUUGUGAAAGAUAUCCUUGAGGACACAGGACAGUUGUGAGGCUGGGUGUUGUUGAUGCGGUCUUCCUUUGAUGAAGAUGCAAAGUCGUUUUUCCGAAUUUUUUAUUGGACGAAGUUGUUUUUCGGAAUUUUUUAUCUCGCGAAUCCGUGAGCAAAGGUGGAAAUCAUCUUCUUUCGCCAAGCGGUAGGGCAUCAAUUGUACCUUACCUGCUCAACGCAACAAUUUCGUGUAUGUGUUAGAGGAACAAG